CCAAAGAGAGAGAAGACUAAGAACCACAAAGUCUAGAGAGAGAGACUGUGAUCUUUGUCUCUACUACAUCCUUUUGUCUCCUUCUGUGUUUGAUUGAGCAAUGACGGGGCUUGUGAUGGUGACUAAAGGCGUUGGUUGCGCCGGAAGAAAAGGAGGAGGGAGGGGAAAAUCGACUGUUGAGGAAGAAGAAGAGCAGAACCAGCAACUCUCUCUUGUUGAGUUUCUCUUAACUGCGCUGCGCAAAUCGGUGGUCUCUUGCCGCGUGGAUAACCGGCAAGACGAUGGCGGAGGAGGAGGAGGCGGAGGGAUCUCCUCUGCCGUUCAUCAAAUGGAGAUCGGAUGGCCAACAAAUGUACGACACAUAACUCACGUGACAUUUGAUAGGUUCCAUGGCUUUCUUGGUCUCCCACACGAGCUUCAGGUCGAGAUCCCUUGUCGUGUCCCCAGUGCUAGUGUGAGCGUGUUUGGUGUCUCUGCGGAAUCAAUGCAAUGUUCUUAUGACGAGAAAGGGAACAGUGUCCCAACUAUUCUAUUACUAAUGCAGCAAAGGCUAUACUCUCAACAAGGUCUCAAGGCUGAGGGGAUCUUUAGGAUAAACCCUGAGAACAGUCAAGAAGAACAUGUAAGAGACCAGCUUAACAGGGGUAUUGUUCCUGAAAACAUUGAUGUGCAUUGCUUGGCUGGUCUUAUCAAAGCUUGGUUCAGAGAGUUACCCUGUGGAGUGCUUGAUGGUCUUUCUCCUGAGGAAGUUCUCAACUGCAACACAGAAGAAGACUCUAUUCAACUUAUAAAGCAGCUUAAGCCUACUGAGUCUGCUUUGCUCAGUUGGGCUGUUGAUCUUAUGGCUGAUGUUGUUGAGGAAGAAGAGUCCAACAAGAUGAAUGCAAGGAAUAUAGCCAUGGUUUUUGCUCCUAACAUGACUCAGAUGACAGAUCCAUUAACGGCUCUUAUGCAUGCUGUUCAAGUGAUGAACUUGCUUAAGACUCUCAUUACUAGAACACUAGCUGAACGUGAAGAAACCUCAAGUGGAUCAGAAGGGUAUUCACCAUCUCACUCAUCAAAUUCUCAAACUGAUUCUGACUCUGACAAUGCACAAGACAUGGAAGUUAGCUGUGGAUCACAGGGCUCAGGUUCAGAAUCAGGUGGAGAAGAAGGACAACAACAACAAGAAGAAAAAGAAGAAGAACAUCUCAGCCGCCUGUCUACCCAAGAAGAUGAAAAUGAUGUUGGAUCAUUAUGCUCAGUCGAGAAAUGCUUCUUGAGUCAGAUCAACAACAAUGCUAGAGUUUCAACCACCAGUAUCUCUGAAGACUGGAGCCCAAGAUGCUCUCCACUGGUGUCAUUCACAGACGAUAAAAACAACACUUUAGGCUCAGGUACAAGCGAACAAGAUGAAACUAUGACCAUCUAAUUCAAGUCACUGUCCACGAGUUCCUGGUAGCAAUCACAUUUGUUUGUAGCUUUCUUUGUUUCUGCUUAAUCUGCUGCAGAGAACAAACAAGAAGGAAGAGAAGUGGUUGUGUCUGUAAAUCAAUACAGAGAUUAUUGUCCAAUUUGUUAGGAUUUUUAGGGAUUGUUGGGUGCUGUGUCUGAUCAGGGUUCAACAAGGGCUGAACCUGUCUGUUGACUGUUGUUGUAGUCCUUCUCCAUGUGUGUGUUUGUGUUGUGCUGUUUGGUUUUGUUGUAGCAAAGAUAAUCUGAUCUCUCUGUUUUUUUUUUCUUUAAC